AUGCCUGCCGUAGCAGCGUCGCUUCGCGUCCACAUCUCAUCUCUCGCCGCGCUGCCGCGCAAAUCUUUGCUCCGACCGCUCAAGCCGCUCCUAACGCCGUCUCUCGCCGGGAUGCUCGUGGCGCCACCCUCAGCCUCAUCGCGCCCAGCCGUAGUCGCCAUGGCGGCCGAGCCGCGCGGGCCCCAUUCAUACGCGGAUAUAGAAUCCUCGUUAAAGGGCGAAACCCUGAUCGAACUCUUGCCAUCGUGGGCGCGUCGCACAAUCUGUCCGGCCGGCAGUGGUUGCGGCGACGGCGAGUGCGAGCUGCUCCACGUGGACCCCACCUGGCGAGACGCGCUGGCGAGCCGACACAUGGCGCAUGGGGUACAGAGCAGUGGCGGCAGUGCGUGGGGGGGAAGACCUCGGUUGAUCGUGUGCGCGGGACCAGAGAGGUCGGGCUCCACGUGGUUCUUCAACCCUCCUCCCAUUUCCCCCCUUCCACCCAACCCCUCCUCCCAUUUCUCUCCCUUCAACCAACCCCCCUUCCCCUCUCUUCCCUGCCCGACUGCAGGCUCCACGUGGCUCUUCAACGCCGUCCGCCUGCUGCUCGCCCACUCGGGCCAGCUGGCGCUCUCCUAUUGGCUGCACUCCAUCUUCGCCAGCAAGCUGCGCGCCAGGGGGCUCUCGCCUCUUGGCAGGCCUGAUCCUGGGGGCAAGGACGGAGGUCAUGGGGGGAUGGGGGGAGAAAGAAGAGGGUCCGCGGAGGGAUUAGGAAAAAGAGGGGAUGGGGAGGGAGUGGGGAUGGAUGGAGAGGGGUGGGGAGGAGUGAACGUGGUGGUGAAGACACACGAGUGGGCGGAGGGGUGGGAGGUGGGCGAGUGGACUCGGGUGGUGCUGCUGACUGAGAGGGACGUGUGUGGCGUCGCUGACUCCUACCUCCGCGUCGGCUGGUUACCACACAGCAUGCCGCGCAUCAAGGCGCACAUGCAAUCCUACCUGCGUGACCAUUAUCGCUGGAAGCAGCAUGCUGCUGCCGUCAUCCCCUUGGCCUCCAUCGUGCCGCCCGGCAGCCCCUCAGAGCUGCUCUGCCUCUCCCACCUCGCUGCGCUCCUGGGCCUACAAACCGUGGAGAGGGCUGCAGCAGGGGCGGCGGAAGGGUCUGGGCUUGAGGCGAUUCAAACACUUGAAGGGAGAGAGGGGGCCGGUGGGAGGGCAGUGGACGUGCGUGUUGUGUCAAGAGCCCUUGCUCAGCUGCCAGUCCCCACAGCACAUGCCAUCGUCCCCACUUCAAAGUCUCAUUAUAUUUCCCUCCCUCCUCCCACGUCCUCCUCCAACCCCACCCCUCCCCCCCCAACUUUCUCGUUGGCUGCUCUCCUCCCUCUAACCUGCCACCAACGCUCACUGCAGGCUGGGCGCCUGACCCGGUGA